AUGGGGGACAGUAAAGCUCCAACCGGAGAAGGAAUGGCCCCCCUCACGGAGACGGCUAGCAAACCUUUGCCGUUUAAACAAGCGCAUUUCCUUCAUUCAGGAAUUGGGAGGAGCGGCAGCUGGCAAGAAGAACAGGACCUGGAAGAACCUGAAACAGAUUCUUGCUUUAGAAAGGGCAUUGCCAUGGCAACUAAAUGAUCCGAGCUACUUCAGUAUUGAUGCACCACCUUCAUGCAAACCUGCAAAAAAGUAUUCCGAUAUUUCAGGACUUCCUGCCAAUUAUACCGACCCUCAAAGUAAGCUUCGAUUCAGCACAAUAGAAGAAUUUAAUUACAUCAGAAUGCUUCCCACUGAUGUUGUCACUGGAUAUUUGGCACUAAGAAAAGCAACCAGCAUAGUAUCGUGA